GCAGCCAACCCCAUUUCUUCAAUUAUUAUCUUUAUUCCUCUCUCUCUCUCUCUCUCUCUCUCUCUCUCUAAAAGUCUUCUCUGUGUUGCCUAAAUGGCUUGCUUUUCCCCUUAUCUGGUUAAUUGAGUGCUUUGCUAUUGGGGAAUUUGAGUUAUAUCAGUUCUAAGUUCUAAAAGAUACUUGGAAUAACUUGAAGCUUAUCUUGCCUUAUUGGUUGACUUGGAGAUUUCCCCCGGACUUCUGGGCUUAUUAGGAGUCCUAUCCUGGAAUAAUGAUGUUUGAUGAGAUGGGGAUUUGUGGGGAUCUGGAUUUCUUCAGUGCUCCCAUUUGGGAAAAGGAUCUUGCGGCCGCCUCACAAGCCGAAGCAGAUUCUGCGGUGGAGGUUGAUUAUAGUGAUGAAGAAAUCGAUGUCGAUGAACUUGAGAGGAGGAUGUGGAGGGACAAAAUGCGACUCAAACGGCUUAAAGACCAGAGUAAGGGUAAGGAAGGGAUUGAUACAGCCAGACAGCGCCAGUCUCAAGAACAGGCGAGGAGAAAGAAGAUGUCAAGGGCGCAGGAUGGGAUAUUGAAGUAUAUGUUGAAGAUGAUGGAAGUUUGUAAGGCCCAAGGUUUUGUUUAUGGGAUUAUUCCGGAAAAGGGAAAGCCGGUAACUGGGGCAUCUGACAAUCUUCGAGAAUGGUGGAAAGAUAAAGUUAGGUUUGAUCGUAAUGGUCCUGCUGCUAUCGCCAAGUACCAGGAGGAUAAUUCUAUUCCUGGCAAGACUGAUGGCUGUAAUUCAAUUGGCCCGACACCACAUACCUUGCAAGAACUUCAAGAUACAACUCUCGGUUCUCUUUUGUCUGCACUAAUGCAACACUGUGAUCCACCUCAGAGGAGGUUUCCUUUAGAGAAAGGUGUCCCCCCACCAUGGUGGCCUACUGGAACCGAAGAAUGGUGGCCACAACUGGGAUUGCCCAAAGAUCAAGGCCCUUCUCCUUAUAAGAAACCUCAUGACUUGAAGAAGGCUUGGAAAGUGGGGGUUCUUACGGCCAUAAUCAAGCAUAUGUUUCCCAAUAUUGCCAAGAUUCGCAAGCUUGUACAGCAAUCUAAGUGCUUGCAGGAUAAGAUGACUGCAAAAGAAAGUGCGACUUGGCUCGCUAUCGUUAACCAGGAGGAGAGGUUGGCCCGUGAGCUUUACCCUGAUUCCUGCCCACCCUUGUCCUCAUGUGGAGGAAGUGGGUCCUUGGUUAUAAAUGACUGUAAUGAAUUUUCUGUUGAGGGAGCUGAAGAUGAGGCUAACUUCGAUAUACAAGAGUGCAAACCUGUGAAUCUGAAUUCAUCGAACUUGGGUACGGAUAGAAUGAGGGUCAUCCAGCAAACAACUUUUCCUUUCAAGGGAGAAGUUGUUAAUUUGGAUUUGGUGCGAAAGAGGAAACCGUCCAAUGAUAUAAACGUCGAACACAAGAUCUACACUUGUGAGUUCCUCCAGUGUCCAUAUAGUGAACUUCGACUGGGUUUUCAUGACCGGACUGCUAGGGAUAACCAUCAAAAUACUUGUCCACAUAGGAACUCCUCUGCUCAGUUCGGUGGUCUAAAUUUUAACGUAAAUGAAGUGAAACCGGUCAUCAUCCCUCAAUCAUUUGCACAACCAAAGCCGUCUGCACCGUCUAUUACUUCUAUGUCGGCAUCAUUUGAUCUAUCAGGAGUCAGAGUUCCGGAAGAUGGACAGAAAAUGAUCAGUGAGCUCAUGUCGACAUACGAUAACAAUGUUCAAGGCAACAAGAACAUGAAUCCCAUUAAAAAUCCGGUUAUAGAAGGUCAAACUCUUCUUCAGUCGAAAUUCCAGCCGCAACAGGAUGAAUUCUUCCGCGGUCAAGGCCUCAUGAUGGAGGGGAACUUCUUCGAUGAGUCGAACAUGCCCCAUCAUAAUCAAAUGUUUCCGCAAGGGGAAGCACAAUUUGACCUGUUUAAGGUUGUGAAUUCACCCUUCGAAACCAACAACAAUUUCAAAUUGAUAUUUGGCUCUCCGUUUGAUUUGGCUUCUAUCGAUUACAAUGAGGAUCUACAAGCAGUGGGGAUGGACAGCAUGCCGAAACAAGAUGCCUCAAUCUGGUUCUAGAACUCAGCCCUAAGGAGCACUUUCAGGGAGAUAUCUUACUUUACACCCCUUUCACUUGGCUAAAACUGUUUUUUCUUACAUUGUUAUUUUUUUCCCAAGCUUGUCGGUAGCUGUAGAAGUUAGCAAGUUUAGCGUAUGGGCUUCAAUAAAAA